AUGGCCCCACACUGGAUCAAGCUGCUCUUGUCAUUUCUUACCCUCUGGGGCCUCGCCACAGCCCAGAACUAUGACCUUGACCAGGCCAUUGGCAUGAUGAACCAAGCCCGCCAAUCUCGAGGGCUUAAGCCUCUGCUUUGGAGCAAUGACUUGACCAACAGUGCUACGUGGUGGGCCACCCAGAUGGCUAUUGGUGCUGCGCCUUUCGCGCAUGCACCUCCCCAGUACCGGCAGAAGCAGGGCGAAACUCUCUAUCUUGCUGAAGGGUCUCUUUGGAAUGGCCAGCCCAUCUCCACCGGACGGGAGCAAUGGCUUCAUUGGUCUCAAAUCAUGUGGGCGUCUACAACACACAUCGGAUGCGCUCGGACGUUUGGUAUCGGGCAGCCUUACCAGGUUUUCGACGUCUGCAGAUUUUACCCAGAGGGGAACUUUCUUGGACAGAAGCCUUUUUAG